AUGUCGAAGACCAAGGUUUCCUCCAAGGCUGAUAAGCCCAGCAAGACCGUGAACAAGGUCAAGGAGUCCAAGGCUGCCCCCGCCAAGGUCACCAAGAAGGUCGCCGCCAAGGAUGAGAAGUCCAAGAAGAACAAGAAGAAGGAGCCUACCCCCAGUAGCUCCGAGUCCGAGUCCUCCGAGUCUGAGGAGGAGAGCUCCAGCUCCAGCGAGUCCGAGGAGGAGAAGCCCGUUGCCAAGAAGGCUGAGAAGAAGGUUGCCAAGAAGGAAGAGUCUUCUUCCGAGUCUUCCGACUCUGAGAGCGAUGAGGAGAUGAAGGAUGGCUCUUCCAGCUCUAGCGAGUCUGAGGAUGAGAAGCCCGUUGCCAAGAAGGCUGAGAAGCCCGCUGCCAAGAAGGCCGAGAAGAAGGUUGAGUCUUCUUCUGAGUCUGAGUCUUCUGACUCUGAGUCCGAGUCCGAGGAUGAGAAGCCCGCUGCCAAGAAGGCUGAGAAGAAGGAGGAGUCUGACUCUGACUCUGACUCUGACUCCAGCGAGUCCGAGUCCGAGGCCAAGGCUGAGAAGGAUUCUUCCGACUCUGACAGCUCUGACUCCGAGUCUGAGUCCGAGGAGAGCGAGGACACUGCCAAGGCUUCCAAGAAGCGCAAGGCUGAUGAUGAGAUCGAGGCCCCUGUUAAGAAGAACAAGACCGAGGAGGUUCCCGAGGGUGCUUCCGCCAACCUGUUCGUUGGUAACCUGUCCUGGAACGUCGAUGAGGAGUGGCUCCAGCGCGAGUUCUCCGAGUUCGGUGAGGUUUCUUGCCGUGUUGUCACUGACCGCGAGUCCGGCCGCUCCCGCGGAUUCGGUUACGCUGAGUUCGUGAACGUUGCCGAUGCUGUCAAGGCCUUCGAGGCCAAGAAGGGUGUCGAGAUGGACGGCCGUACCAUCAACCUGGACUACGCCACUGCCCGUCAGAACAACCAGGGUGGUGACCGUGCCCAGGCCCGUGCCAACACCUACGGUGACCAGACCAGCCCCGCCUCCGACACUCUGUUCGUUGGUAACCUGCCCUUCUCUGCCACUGAGGAUGCUCUCCGUGAUGUCUUCGGUGAGCAGGGUAACAUCAUGGGAAUCCGUCUCCCCACUGACCCCGAGUCCGGUCGCCCCAAGGGCUUCGGUUACGUUCAGUUCGGCUCCGUUGAGGAGGCCCAGAACGCCCACACCCAGCUUGCUGGCACUGAGAUCGACGGCCGUCCUCUCCGCCUUGACUUCAGCACUCCCCGCCCUGCCGGUGGUGACCGUGGUGGUUUCGGUGGCCGUGGUGGUGGCCGUGGUGGCUUCGGUGGCCGCGGUGGUGGUGGUGGCUUCGGUGGCCGUGGUGGUGGCCGUGGCCGUGGUGGCUUCGGUGGCCGCGGUGGUGGUGACCGCGGUGGCUUCGGUGGCCGUGGUGGCCUCAACAAGGCCAAGGGUUCCAUCCCUGAGUUCAAGGGUACCAAGGUUACCUUCUAA